UCUGAGAGUGUGUGUGUGUGUGUGUGUGUGUGUGUGUGAAGAGCAGAGACGAGACGAGGACAGCGAACUACCGCCGACACUGAUAUUCUGGCAGACAUGGAUCACGGAGCCAUGAAGAAGAUCAGCUCCAUGUUCUCCACACUUCAGGAGAAACUCCACAGAACCAAGCGCAGCUCCUCUGAUCCCGGUGUGUAUCCGGCUCCAGCCGCGGCGCCUCCUGCAGGACGGGAGCGCAGUCACAUGGGUCAGCUGUUCUUCGAGUAUCUGCUGGUUGUCAGUCUGAGGAAGAAGAGGAACGAGGAAGGUUACGAGCCCCACAUCACCUACCAGUUCCCCAAGCGUGAGGUGAUGGGCCGUCUGCAGCGUGAGGAAGAGGAGAAGUGCAUGAAGGCCGCUCAUCUCUUCUGCUUCCCAGAGGGAAUCAACUGGGCUCCUCUGACCGAAUACAGGAGUGAGACGUUCUCGUUCGUUCUGACUGAGGUUGAUGGCAGCAGGAGGAACGGAUACUGCAGGAGACUGCUGCCGGAAGGCCGCGGCGCUCGUGUUCCAGAGGCGUACUGCAUCAUCAGCAGCGUGGCGUGUUUCGGACUCUUCUCAAAGAUCUUUGAUGAGGUGGAGAAGCGCAGGCAGAUCUCCAAAGCCAUGAUCUAUCCGUUCAUGCAGAGCCUGCGGGAGGCUCCGCUGCCCUCGCCCGGAAACACCGUCACCAUCAGCAGCUUCAUCCCGGACGCCGGGACCGAGAUCAUCAGUCUGACGCGGCCCGCAGAGUCCUGGCUCGAACACGUGGACUUCCACACGCUCUUCCGCUGCCUGAGCGACGAGGAGGUGCUGAUGGUGUUCGCCGCCACCGUCACGGAGCGACGGAUCAUCUUCAUCUCUGAGGAGCUCAGCACUCUGUCGCAGGUCCUUCACGCUGUAGCUGCUCUCUUGAAUCCGUUUGUGUGGCAGCACACGUUCAUAUCAAUCGUUCCUACGGUUCUGAUUGAUGUUUGUGCAGCGCCAACACCGUACCUGCUGGGAGUCCAGAAGAGCGAGACACACACACUCACACACUCACGGACGCACGCACACACACACACUCACCUGAUGAUUGUCGAUCUGUCGCCCGGAGCAGAAACUAAAUUCAUCACGAGAAUUGGAGACGAGGAGUCUCUCCUGCCCGCUAAGCUGAAGGAGGAGCUGCUGUCGCGGCUGUCCACGCGCACACGCCACGCCUCGACGGAGGAGCUGAACCGGCUGGUGUCAGAGGCCUUCCUGUCCGUCUUCGUCAGGAGCGUGGGUCACUUCUCGCAGCACGUCAGGAGGUGCGCGAACGGCCGCCAGUUCCAGAAGAAGAGCUUCCUGAAGGCCGUGGAACACAAGUCCCACCUGAACUUUGUCAAGCUCUUCAUCCAGACGCAGAUGUUCGAUCUGUUCAUUCAGGAAGAGGAAACGCAGCCCAACCCUAACGUCUUCUUUCACAGGAAGGUGUCAGAGUAUCACGAGAGGAAGAAGAGGGAGAAGAUGAAGGCCGGAUGGGUGCGAGGAGUGGUGGUGUAAACGAGUGCAGCUCUCCUACAGACAUCCCAUUAACAUACUUCAGACAUUCAGUCAAUAUUUAAUGCUGUUUAUUUGUAUCUCGUUUUAACACAAUAAAAGAUAAAGCGAGCUGAUACAAUGUUUGUUUGCGAGUUAAGCGAGUGAUUUUAAACGGGAACAAAUCCAGCUCAUAUUUCACCUCAAACUUGUUAUACAUGUGUGCGUUUUAUUGCCAGCGAUGAUUCUCAUUAAUGCGAAACAGUAUUUUUGUAGCAUUGCAAUAAUCAGUACAAUAAACAUUUUAUUUAAAUCAUCUAAAAUAUAUUAUUUGCAUAUUUCAUGCCUUUUAAAUUAGGCUUUUAAUUUAGUUUUCCAUGAUGAAAUAAGAGCUAUAAAUGUUCUUUUUGCAUAACAUCCACCCACUAAUGUCAACUUUAAUAACAUAAUCAAAGCAGUUAGGUGUUUGGAUAAAAAUAUGCAUUAAAAAUGCAUACUUCUAAACAAAAGUACAGACUAUAGAACAUGUUUCCACCAACGAACUUACAAUAGAAAACAAACAAGAAGUGUGUAACACCUGCUAAACUCAGUAUUUAGAGCAUCGUUUCAGACGGUUGUGUGAAGGUUGUACAAACGUUGUGUAAAUGUUAGUAUGAUGUUUCCAGAGCUCUGCACGGCCCGUUGAGUGUUUCUGCCUUUAACCCUGAGUGUCGCUGCCCUCUGCUGGAGCAACACAGUCUUUCUGCCUCAUCAGA